CUUAGCUGUAUAGUACUUCUGUGUCUCCCUUUUACAAGAGAUUAAAAAAGGACAAAACUUUAAAAAGGAGAAUCCUCCCCUCAAUUCAAGAAACCACGAAAGGGUUUUACUUUGAUUCAGUUCUUGUUCUCGAAAGUCUUCUCCUUUUGUUUGCUUUUGGACAAUAGUUUUGGUCUUGGGUCCGAAGCAAUGCAGUUAUAUCAUCAUCCAUACUCAUUAGACAGCCAGAGAGUGAGACUAGCUUUGGAAGAGAAAGGCAUUGAUUACACAUCGUACCAUGUGAAUCCCAUCACAGGCAAGCACAUGGACUCUACCUUCUUUAGGAUGAAUCCCAACGCCAAGCUUCCCGUUUUCAGAAACGGUUCUCACAUCAUUUUGGACACUAUUGAGAUCAUAGAGUACUUGGAGAGAAUAGCUGAGGUGUCUUCUGGUGUAGAGGAUGCUACUUUUGGUAGAGAAGUACUUGAAUGGAUGCGGAAGAUUAGAGAAUGGGACUCCAAGCUAUUCACACUUGCUCACAUCCCUGAUAACCGUCGCCUCUAUGUUUCCAAGUUCUUGAGGAUGGUUAUGAUUGCACGUAUGGCUGAGUCUCCGGACUUGGCUAGUGCUUACCAUAGGAAGCUAAGGGAAGCGUAUGACACAGAAGACAAACUAAAAGACCCUGAAGCUUUGAGGAGAAGCAAAGACCAUUUGCUCAGGCUUCUUGAUGAGGUUGAGAGCAAGCUAGAGGGGACUAGUUAUGUGGCGGGGAAUGAGUUUAGCAUGGCUGAUGUGAUGCUGGUGCCUGUGCUAGCUCGGUUAUCGCUGCUGGAUUUGGAAGAGGAGUAUAUAAGUAGCAGGAAGAAUCUUGCUGAGUAUUGGGUGGUUGUGAGGAGUAGACCGAGCUACAAGAAGGUUGUUGGAAGGUACUUUAAUGGGUGGAGAAAGUAUGUAACGCUUUUGAAGACUUGGAUGUUUGUUAGAGUCCGAAGCUUGCUAAGAAAAUAUUGAAUUGUUAAAAAAUAUUUUGGUUUUUCUUUGUCAUGUUUUUAAUGUUUUCCCACUUUGAAUGUUCAUUUUUACAUAAAAUUGUAAAGUUGAGAAAAGUCUGUACCAAGAAUGUUUAUUUAUAAGAAGUUUGUAAUGUGAAUAAA